GAGGGGUGGGGGUUUGGUGACGGACUUUCGGUAUUCGGUGCUUCAGAUGGCUAUUUGCGAAAUCUUCAACGACUUCCCAGUUUAACAAGACAGAGAAGCAGUACUACCUACAUUCAUACUCACGCUUCAAUAUUUGAGUUUAAUAAAGGGAAAACAUGGGACAUUCGGAUGAGUCAAGUGUACCAUUUCUUACUGAUUUGGAAAAUGAAUACACGGCGAUUGGGAAAUCUCAUAGAUCAACACUAGACAAUCCUAGAGCCACGAAAUGCUCACAAAAGCAGACUUGUUUUUGGAUAUCAUGUAUAGUUGUCGUUACACUGCUCACAAACACCGCAACAUAUCUCACCACACAUCAACCCCUCAGAAAUCUGGACCAAGUAUGUGCUAAGCAUACAAGUCAAACUUGGAGUCCCAUACUCGAUAAUAUUGACGUUGAAUACGAAACUAUUAGAUUCAAUGGCUCACUGUUCACCAACACUAUAUACAGAGAAGAACCUAGCCCGGAAGUUGAUGAAGCAUGGUUCAAUCUUGGAACAAAAUAUAAGGCAAUAAUCAUCCCACCAGAAGAUGCUCCCAAAGCCGGAAUAUCACUUGAUCAUUUCCGAGUAGAUGAGAAAGAUGGAGGUCCUGGGUAUCCUGCUAUAGUUGAGGUGAUGCAUCAAUUGCAUUGUCUGAAUCUUCUCCGACAAGGGCUCUAUUACAACUCUGAAUAUUACCACAAUCUCGGAGAAGGGCCAUUCAAGAAUGAAGAAUACAUCUUGAAAGCACAUAUAAAUCACUGUCUAGACACCGUCCGCCAAAGUUUGAUGUGUUCAGCCGACACAGGAGCACACCCUUUCUUGUGGGCAAAGUCUGGAGAUCGUGUUCACUUAUAUCCGGACUUCAACCGUGAUCACAAAUGUAAGAAUUUUGAUGAUAUAAGGCAGUUUGCAGAGGAACAUCAGGCACCAUGGCGUGAAGAUGGUCAGUUGAAUGUGCAGCCAAAGGACGGAGAAGUUAUUUUACCAGCAAUUCCAUGAUUUGGGAACUCAUAUCCUGGAGAACAAUAACCCAUUUAAUUUGACAUACAUUGAAUCAUUCCAUCAUUUUCGUCGUUCUUUCCCUCGUAGCUAACAUCAUCUCAUAAAAAUCAUUUAUCGUGUCCUUCCCCCCUGCCCCAAAUCCUUACCCGCCUGAAGUUG